AUGUAUCACGGCACUACCCGGCAGAAUGCUAAAAGUAUCCUUGAAAAUGGUUUCCGUCAAUCGGAAGACGGCAUGCUUGGUCCUGGGGUCUACUUAACCAGAGACUUGAAGAAAGCAAGGCGGUAUCCUAUUAAUCACCCUAAGUGGGACAGGGUGGUUAUAAAGGUUAAGGUCAAUGUGGGCAGAGUGAUAGCCAUCAGAUACAAUAAUCACCCUAUGCAAAAGACCUGGUGCUUUCAUGGAUACGACACUGCCUGGGUGCCGCCCAAUUGUGGAAUGGUGCCAAGUGGUCAGGAGGAAGACUGCGUUUGGGAUCCUCGUCGAAUGAAGAUCCUUCAGCUCAUCUACCCCAGUCCUGCUGGAGCAUCUCGACUGCUUACCCCGCAGCCGAAUGAUGGCAGAACCUAUAUCAUGUAUCAUGGCACUACCAGUGAGAUUGCUCAGGCCAUCUGGGCCACUGGUUUCCGUCAAUCUGAGGAUGGGAUGCUUGGCCGUGGGGUCUACCUCAGCCGAGACCUCGAAAAAGCAAGUCGCUAUCCUAUUGAUCACCCUGAGGAGGACAGGGUGGUCAUUGUGGUCAAGGUCAAUGUAGGGAAGGUUAAAAAAAUUGAUCACCAGAAACACCCAAUGCAGAAGACCUGGCAUAAUAAUGGAUAUGACACCGCCUGGGUACCGCCCAACUGUGGGAUGGUGAAGAGUGGUCUGGAGGAGAACUGCGUGUGGGAUCCCAAACGAAUCAAGAACCUUAAGCUCAUCAAACCUACCCGUGUCCCAGACCAGACCACUGCAGGUUCUUCAUACGGUUAUAAGGACACCGACACCAACAUGUCAAUACAACAGGGGGUGCAAUUAUAUAAUCCUCCUGUAGUAUAUCCAUUGGUUACCCAGCAGCUGCUUGACAACCACACAUACAUCAUGUAUCAUGGCACCACCCGUUUGAAUGCUCAGAGCAUCCUCACCAACGGUUUCUUUCAGUCUCGAGAUGGUAUGCUUGGUCCUGGAGUCUAUCUCAGUAGAGACCCACUGAAAGCACUUCGCUAUCCUAUUAAUCACCCUGCAUGGGACAGGGUGGUCAUCCCUGUCCAGGUAAAUGUGGGGAGAGUGAUAACCAUCAAUUACCAGAACCACCCUAUGCAGAAGACCUGGCAUCAAUAUGGAUACGACACUGCAUUUGUGCCAUCGGGUUGUGGAAUGGUGUGGAGCGGUCAGGAGGAGGAUUGUGUCUGGGAUCCCCGUCGAAUCCAGAUCCUUCAGCUCACCUACCCCACUGUUCUCCCAGCCCAGCCCAUCUAUCCGAAUGAUGGCCAAACCUACAUCAUGUACCAUGGAACCAGCACAAAGUUUGCUCAGGCCAUCUGGGCCACUGGUUUCCGUCAAUCUGAGGAUGGGAUGCUUGGCCGUGGGGUCUACCUCAGCCGAGACCUGCAGAAAGCAAGUCACUAUCCUAUUGAUCACCCUGAGGAGGACAGGGUGGUCAUCGUGGUUUUGGCCAAUGUAGGAAGAGUAAAAAAAAUUGAUUGCCAGAAACACCCUCUGCAGAAGACCUGGCAUGAUCAUGGAUAUGACACCGCCUGGGUACCGCCCAACUGUGGGAUGGUGAAGAGUGGCCUGGAGGAGGACUGCGUCUGGGAUCCCAAACAAAUCAUGGUCCUUAAGCUCAUCAAACCUAUCCGUGUCCCAGCCCAGACCACUGCAGGUUCUUCAUACGGUUAUAAGUAA